AUGGACGAAGGAGACGGGAGGGGUCAGGUGGACCAGUUCCACCGGAAUGAGGCGAUUUCCGCCGUCGCCGAUGAUGGAUUUCUCGGGGAAGAAGACGACGAUUACGAGGACCUCUAUAACGACGUUAAUGUCGGUGAAGGGUUUCUUCAGUCGUUGAGAAAGAACGACCAACUGCGUGGUGCAGCUGCCGCUACUGGUGCAGUUCCCGGUGGAUAUGGAGGUCAAGGGUUUAAAGGAAAUGAGGUUAGUCAACAAGUUCCUAGUGGACCCGUUGCCGGAACUUUAGGUGGGCUUAGAGUAGAGUUAGGGCAUGGUUCUAACCGGGCCAACGACGUUGAAGCGCCAAGACCGAGUACCAGUGGUCAGGGCCUCUUCCCACCGCCGCAGAACUUGGGAAAUAACGAAAAUUUGGUGAGACAAGGAAUUGCUAAUGCUAGUGGUGCAAGUGGAAGUGCUCCUGGUGGUGGUAGUGUGGUCGGGAAUGGGGGUGGUAUUGAUGGUCCUGGGACAAAUACUGGCGUUAUAGCUAACGUUGGAACCUCCAGCGGUGGAGGUGGUGGUAAUGGAACAACACUUUUCGUGGGGGAUUUGCAUUGGUGGACGACAGAUGCGGAGCUUGAAGCUGAAUUGUGCAAGUACGGGGCUCUGAAAGAGGUUAAGUUCUUUGAUGAGAAAGCUAACGGAAAAUCAAAAGGGUACUGCCAAGUUGAGUUUUAUGAUCCUGUGGCGACGACGGCUUGCAAAGAAGGGAUGAAUGGGCAUGUGUUCCACGGGAGACCUUGUGUUGUUGCAUUUGCUUCGCCAUAUACUGUUAAAAGAAUGGGGGAUGCUCAGGCACAAGCUGCAAUUGCACAAGCUAAGAGAGGGGGCCCUUCUGAUGUGGCUGAUAAACCUGCAGCUAGCAACAUCACCACAGGUGGGAGUUUCCAAGGAGUGGAUAAUAGAGGUUUCGGUAGAGGUGACUGGGACAGAGGCAAUGCUCAAGGGAUGGGUGGUAGAGGGCCUCUUGGUCCAAUGAGGAUGUGGCCUGGUGUGAUGGGUGGAAGAGGUUUAAUGGGGAAUGUCGGAGGGUUUGGCCAGGGGAUAGGUUCAGGGCCUCCUAUGAUGCAUCCUCAAUCCAUGAUGGGUCCGGGAUUUGAUCCAGCUUUUGGUGGACCGAUGGCGAGAAUGGGAAGCUAUGGAGGCUUUCCCGGGGCGCCAGCUCCUCAGUUUCCUGGGCUUUUGUCCCCAUUCCCUCCCGUUGGAGGUGUUGGUCUACCGGGAGUCGCACCCCACGUGAAUCCAGCCUUCUUUGGAAGAGGAAUGCCGAUGGUGAUGUCCAAUGCAAGUGUUGUUGAUGGAGGGCCUAAUAUGGGAAUGUGGGAUCCUAAUAUGGGAGGAUGGGGUGGUGAAGAGACGGGUGGUGGGAGAGCUGCAGAAACUAGUUAUGGGGAGGAACCUACAUCUGAUCAUCAAUAUGGAGAUGCUAAUCAUGGUAGAGGAAGUCGUCAUAAUCCUAUGAAGGAAAAGGAAAGACCUUCGGAAAGGGAGUGGUCUGGUUCAUCCGAUCGAAGGUAUCAUGAUGAUAAUAAGGAUGGCGGCAACGAUCAUGACCCAUCAGAGAGGAAGCAUCGGGAUUAUAGAGACGUGGGCAGGGAGCGUGAAAGGGACCAUUAUAGGGAUCGGGAACGCUCCAGAGAUCGUGAGCGGGAACGUGAACAUGAUCAUGAUAGAGAAAGGGAUAGGGAGAGAGAUCGACAUAGGGAGGAGAGAGAAAGAUAUGGAGAACAUCGUAGAUACCGGGAAGAACCCAAGCAUGAUGAAGAGAGUGAUAGAGGCCGAUCAUCGAGAACCCAUAGCAAGUCACGGUUAUCUAAGGAGGAAGAUCACCUCUCAAGAUCAAGGGACGGUGACUAUGGGAAGAGAAGGCGGCUUACCUCUGAGUAAUUACGCCUGACAUAUCACAUAGAAACACCAAAUUGAUUUUGAGAGCUCCUAGGAAGCUUUAAUUCUUGUAGAAGACAAAAAAGAAGACGUCAACCAUGUAGAAUCUCGCAACACAAAGAGUGUUUGUGGUGAUAUAUCAUCUUCCAAAGCAGCUAGAAAUGUAGAGAGGUGGAAGGAAAGAAAGAAACUGAGAGGAACGGUUGCUUUUAAAGUUCUUGAGAGACAGUUGCCAUUUAUGUUUUGUUUCUAAAGACGAGACAGGAUGUGUUGUGGUGACAGUUUACGGCCUUUUCAGGUUCUUGUUUUGUGUUAGAUGUCCUCUUUAACUGGUUCCAAAUGAUGGGCACUUAGUUAGAGGUAGUAAUAGUAGUAGUAGUAGCUGUUACUUAGAUCCUGAUGUUGCUUUCCCUGUUUUUAACCCAUUUGGUUGUAUCUCUUGUAUUUUUUUUUUGGUAGUCUCACCAUUGUUUCUCCCCAUGAUUUGUGUAGAGGUUCUAUAUGGGGUUUUUACACCACCAAUUGUAACAGCAUUUGCAUCCUUUUUGUGUUUUUUUUUGGCCAAAAGGGAUGUAGAGUCAGAAACUGUUGUUUCUAGGGCAAAAAUUAGGCUCAUUCUUUCAAGUGUACAUAACUAAUGCAAUGACACCAUUGUUCUCUCUUUUA